CGGUCGCCAGCGCAACCGCCAGCGCAACCGCCAGCAGCUCUGCAACGGACUCGACCGCCAUGGACCCGCCCGUCCUGUCCUUCUACGGCACCGAGCCCGUGCCACUGCCCUCGCGUUUUGCCAAGAUCAAGCACGAUCUCGCCGCUGGCCACGAGGCCGAGCUCGAAGCCUCGUGGGCUCGUCUGCUUGACGCGCUCAAGGAUGCCGUUGAGCACAUCGAGUCGCGUGGCCCGAACAUCACCCCGCACAUAGAUUUUACCGACAUCGACAACCCCGCCAGGGCCCAGACGUUCGCACGCGACUUGAAGCGCUACGGCGUCGGCGUCGUCCGGGGCGUCGUACCCCGCGCUGAUGCACAAGCCGCAAUCGACGAGACGGUCAAGUACCUCGAGACCAAGCACGAUUUCAAGACGCCACCACCCCAAGAUCCCACAUGCUUCGACUUCUUCUGGACCCCUGCGCAAGUGCGCACGCGAGGCCAUCCCCGCGUCUUGGAGGCGCAGCGGUUUGCCAUGUCGCUAUGGGACAACGACGCAGACGACCGCAUGGCCAUCCGCUUCCCAAUCGCCUACGCCGAUCGGCUCCGCAUCCACGGCGCCAAUGUUGGAGGCGUGGGUCCAGACGCCGCGGCCAACGCCGCGGAGGCCCGGAACGGUGAUGCGGGCAGCGGCGACAGCAAUGCAGAAGCGCAGCGAGCGGUUGUCGAGCUGCUUGGCGACUUUGCAUCCUCGACGGUGAUUGCGCAGGUGGACAAUGGUAGUCUCGAGCGCUGGGAGCCCGACGGAUACGGUCGCGGCGGCACGUACGAUGCCGUGUUCAAGGGCGAGUGGGAGAAGUACGACCCGUGGGACCCGACCUUCCGCGUGAGCUCGACGCCAGAUCUCUACAACGGCUAUGGUGCAUGCAGCAUCUUCCGCAUGUACCAAGGCGUCGUAGCCCUGAGCACCAUCGAGCCCGGCCUGAUCAGGCUUCUGCCGAGCCCCAAGCUUGCCACGGCGUACUUCCUGCUGCGUCCCUUCUUCUCGCCCAAGACAAAGCCACCGGAGCGCCGCGAAGGUCCAGAAUGGGAUACAUUCUUAGACGCGUCGAACUGGGCGCUUGAACGGGACCACAGCACCAUCAUCCACGGUGCCGUCUACGGGCACGCGCAGCGGCUGACCGAGCUGUGGCAUCCCCACCUGCACCUGCGCCGCACCCUUGUCACUAUUCCUACGCUGCAGACCGGGGACUAUAUUGUCUGGCACCCGGAUUUGGCGUACCACAUUACUUCAAAUCCCAACGUCAUGGCCAGCCGGGCCCCCACACCUCCGCCCAUGGCGGACGGCGACGGACCCUCUGGGAGGCCAGUCUCUAUCCUAGUAUACGUCCCUGCUGCGCCUCUUACGCAGACGAACGCACUUUACCUGGCCCGCCAGCGCAAGACCUUUUUGCGCGGCCACCCAAGUCCCGACUUCGACUCGACGGGCAGUGGACUCGGUAGCGAAGCCUCGCAUGCAGGGCGGCCGGGCGAGACGGAGAUCGCAGAAGUCAGUGGUCCGGGCGGGCUGCAAUCCAUGGGCCUAGCGCCCUUCGAUGUGGCCCCGACGCCGCCGGCCGACGGGAGCAACGACGACGGCGACGUCGAAAUGGAGAACGCCGGGACGAGCAACGGCAUCAAGCCUCGCUCGCCGAUAACGCGUGCCGAAGCCGAGGUCGCACGGCUAGCCAACAUCAUUUUGUUUCCAGACCGCUACGACUUUUACAUGGGGAAACGGAACGGCACAAGACCGCGGAGAUCAAAGCCAGAGGUGAAAGAGGAAGAGAAGCCAGAAACAGUCGCGGAAGAGGAAAACAAGAGCUGAAACGUCCGCAUCACUGCGGACAGCCCGACUAAAGGG